CACGCCUCCAAAUAACAGCUGUGUGGACGCUACAGCAACACCAUUCAGACUUGAGCAAGCUGAAUUGGCAGAGCCAUGCAGGCCCAGGAUCUGAUCCGGCACCUGCGGAUACCUGAGCUGGACGACUUGAGGCAGUAUGUGCGCAGUUUACCCACCAACACCCUCAUGGGCAUGGGCGCUUUCGCUGCCAUCACUACAUACUGGCUGGCCACUCGUCCCAAAGCACUUAAACCACCCUGUGACCUCGCCAUGCAGUCCGUGGAGGUACAGGGUAGUGGAUAUGCUCGUCGGUCUAUUCUACAGGACAGUGACACAUACAUGACAUACUACUACAAAGAUGCUCAGACAAUGUAUGAGUUUUUCUUACGAGGACUACGAGUGUCAAAUAAUGGUCCUUGUUUGGGAUCACGUCAACCGGGCAAGCCAUAUAAAUGGCUUUCAUAUAAAGAGGUAGCAGACAGGGCAGAGUUUGCAGGUUCAGCAUUACUCCACAGAGGUCACAGUCAAACAGGAGACAAAUACAUUGGCAUCUUUGCACAGAACAGGCCAGAGUGGACGAUUUCAGAGCUGGCAUGUUACACAUAUUCACUGGUGGCAGUGCCACUGUAUGAUACACUUGGAACAGAGGCCAUCAGCUAUAUCAUUGACAAAGGUGAGCAAUCUUCCUUUUGGCAGGCUAUUGGCAAAGCUAACUACAAGACACCCAUUCCACCUAAACCAGAGGACCUGGCACUGAUUUGCUUCACAAGUGGAACUACAGGAAGUCCAAAGGGAGCAAUGAUCACACAUGGAAACGUUGUUUCCAAUUGUUCUGCUUUCAUUAAAGUUACAGAGGGGUUGCUGAAACCUAGUCCUCAAGAUGUUCUCAUCUCCUUCUUACCGCUAGCACAUAUGUUUGAAAGAGUAGUAGAGGGUGUGCUUCUGGUCCACGGGGCCAGGAUUGGAUAUUUUCAGGGUGAUAUCCGUCUGUUGAUGGAUGAUUUGAAGACUCUUAAGCCCACUAUAUUCCCUGUAGUGCCCAGACUACUCAACCGCAUGUUUGAUAAGAUCUUCGGACAGGCAAACACUCCUCUCAAAAGAUGGCUUCUGGAUUUUGCCUCCAGCAGGAAAGAGGCGGAGCUUAAAAGUGGAGUUGUCAGGAAGGAUAGCAUGUGGGAUAAACUGAUCUUCAGCAAAGUGCAGGCCAGUCUGGGUGGAUGUGUGAGGCUUAUGAUAACAGGAGCCGCUCCGGUCUCUCCUACCGUCCUCACCUUCCUGCGAGCAGCGCUGGGCUGCCAGUUUUAUGAGGGUUAUGGGCAGACAGAGUGUACCGCAGGCUGCACUAUGUCACUUCCUGGAGAUUGGACAGCAGGUCAUGUGGGAGCACCACUGCCCUGUAACUUUGUUAAGCUUGUGGAUGUGGCUGAGAUGAAUUAUUUUGCAGCAAAUGGAGAGGGAGAGGUGUGUGUGAAAGGACCAAAUGUGUUUCAAGGUUACCUGAAGGACCCAGAGCGAACCUCAGAAGCCAUAGAUAAAGACAGCUGGCUGCACACUGGAGAUGUCGGCAAAUGGCUUCCGAAUGGGACUCUGAAGAUUAUAGACAGGAAGAAACACAUCUUUAAGCUGGCCCAGGGUGAAUACAUCGCUCCAGAGAAGAUUGAGAACAUCUACAUCCACAGUGACCCUGUGGCUCAGGUCUUUGUACAUGGAGACAGUCUGCAGGCUUGUUUAGUGGGCAUUUUGGUUCCUGAUCCAGAUUUUCUGCCUGGAUGGGCAAAGAAAAGAGGCAUUGAGGGCUCCUAUACUGAAAUGUGCAAAAGCAAGGAACUGAAAAAUGCCAUCCUGGAAGAUAUCAUUCGGCUAGGGAAAGAAGCUGGACUGAAGUCCUUUGAACAGGUGAGGGACAUUGCCCUGCACAUGGAAAUGUUCUCUGUUCAGAAUGGACUUCUCACACCAACACUGAAAGCAAAGAGAACCGAGCUGAGAAACCACUUCAGACAGCAGAUUGACCAGCUCUAUGCUAAAAUCAAAAUGUGAACAAAGAGAGAGAGAGAGAGAGAGAGGGACCCCGUCUACACUGAGAGUGACUGAACUAGAGCAUACUUGCAAUGUGGUGAUGAUUAUGAACGAGGUGCUCCAGUUCUGUCAUGUUGUUGUAUCACUCACACAGUGAGCAAGGGGGAGAGAAGGACCAUUGUAGCUGGUUCUUUUGUCAUUUCUACCGCUUGGAUGUGCCACAGUCAUCUCAAAAGAGGUGAAGUAUAGUCCUGCCAGCGAAGCACAUACCAAACAUUUCAUGAGCCCUGCUAUUCAUCAACUGGAAGUGAACCACCCCAAUGCCUUAGGCCAGUGAAUGCCUUGAGUCUAAUAACCGAGAGCACACCUGCAAGAUCAUAUAAAACAGAACAACAGACUGAGACAGCUGAUAUUCAUAUGCCACAAAGUGCUGACAGGUUUCUGAUUUGUAAACCAUGUGCAGAUAUUUUCAUCAAAACUUAUUUUAAAAUAUAGUGAUUUCCAUUAAACUUCUGUAAAUGGCUAUUUGUCAAUGUUUACUAUUUUAAUGUAUGGUCUUGAUUGUAAGUCACAAUGCCUUUGUUAUGGUAAACCAAGUGUUUAAAACAUUUGAGGUCUUUUCCAUAUCUGAAUCAAUGAUUUCCACUGAAAUUGACAGUGAAAUGACAUUGGAUCACACAAACUGGUUCGUGUUGAUACUCCACUAACAGCACUUUGAAAUCUCGGUACAUCUCAAAUGUAACUCUCUCCUGGAGAUUAACGCUUGUAUAUAGGUUAUCUAUUUAUAUUUGUACAUCUUUAUUGUAUUCUGGUUCAUGUAAAUUGUGCAAACAGUUAUUUGUAGCAUGUGGUUGUUGAAAAGAGAAAUAAACUGAUGGCAUUCUCUUAA